GUUAGCCUGAAUGCGUCGAUGCCAAUGCGGAAAUGAUAUCCAGUUCUCGUGUAGUCCUUGGGUUUAUGUUGGAAUUAUGUAUUUAUUCUUACCUUUUACAGUAACGCACGGCAGGAGAAAAUGCGGUAAACGGGUUAUUGCUGCUAACCCACAUUUGUCCGGAUUUCGCCGCUAAAAGAACUAACGACUUUAUCAGGAGCACAAACAUUAGACAGAUACUUAAUCGACGCUGUCCGAACUUCUUCGGCCAAUGAAAUACUGACUGGAAAAGUAGAAGGAAAUGGCUCAAAAGGAAUUUAAGGAGGCCUUUGUCGCUAAUCUCAAUGGGACCGGUUUGGAGGAGGUGGUGCUGGGAUCAUUUCUCAGCCCGCUUUGCUUCAUCAUCAGAGGGUUCCUCUUGAUUCUCUGCUACCAGACCAGAGGGGCUGUCGUGUUGCCUCUGCCGCCAUUGUCCCACAUGUUCCUGGAUGUGUUCGUACUGGUGUUUCCUCUGGUCCUGUCCUGCACAGUUCUGAGCAGCGUUCUUCACCAAGUCAUUCUUAGCCUAGCUUUCAUUUCUGCUGGUCUGUUCUGCUGGAUUCGUCUCAGCACUGAUCGAUCUGCACAGAAAUCUGCCAGCAGUUUCCUCCAGACUCCCGUUCAGUGUGACCAGGUGCCCUUUGUGACUCUCUUUCGCGUCUUUGUGAACGUGAAAACAGCCAUCAGCAUCCUGGCCGUGGACUUUCCCGUCUUCCCGAGGCGGUAUGCUAAAACAGAAACCUAUGGGACAGGGGUUAUGGACUUUGGAGUUGGAGCAUUUGUCUUUGCUAAUGCUCUUGUGUGUCCGGAGGCACGGAGGAAGAACAUCUCAGGAUCAAGGAUGGGUCAUGUCACACAGCAGAUAGUGUCUGUCUGGCCCCUGCUUGCUCUUGGAUUGGCCAGGCUGCUGAGUGUCAAACUGGCCGACUACCAGGAGCAUGUGACGGAAUACGGCGUCCACUGGAAUUUUUUCUUCACUCUGGCCAUGGUUAGAAUUGUGGCUUCUGCACUGUUGACUAUUUUACCAAGCAGACAGCUGUGGGUUUUUGCUCUUCUGUUCAGUGGAUUGUAUCAGUUCACUUUGGAGACCUCAGAGCUCAAGGCCUUCCUUAUCCACAACAACGACAGGGAGAAGGACUUCCUGCAUGCUAACAAGGAGGGCAUCUUUUCUAUAGUCGGCAAUGUAGCCAUCUAUCUCAUAGGAGUUCAGUUUGGACUCUAUGUGAUGCAGCCAAGGUUUCAUGUUAAAGAGUGGCUUAAAAUGCUGUUGAAUCUCUUGUUUUGCAGUUUUUUUCUGUACUGUGUUUUGUUUGCUUGUCAGACCUUUGUGGAGCCAGUGUCUCGCAGACUGGCUAAUUUGCCUUUUGUCAUCUGGAGUGUUGGUCAGUCUUUGCUUUUUAUGUCCUGUCUUGGGGUUGCUGAUAUGGUUUUACUGUUCUCAAAGAAAUCCUCUGGCUGCCCCUUCGUACCUUCAUCCCUGAGUCUGUGCAGAAAGAAGGAGGAAAGAACAGAUACGACCGGACUAGAGCGACUCUGCCUCAUCAAAGCUGUCCACAGGAACCAGCUUCUGUUUUUCCUGCUUGCUAAUGUCAUGACAGGGCUGACUAACAUGGUUGUAGACACACUUGGUAGUGAUGGUUUCUUUUCUGUGUCUGUUCUACUGUUGUACAUGUUUGUCAACUGCAUUUUAGUACAUGUUUUGCAUAUCUUGGGAAUUACAGUAAAAUUCUGGUAACAUUUUUGUGAAGUUUUUGAAUGUUUUCAGGGUACUGAUAUGCAUAAAAAAAGGUAACUGUUUGCUCUAAACACUUUUAUUCCUAUGUGGUUUUUUUAUACUGUACAUGUUUUUGUGUCAAAAGGAUUUGCCUGUUUUUGUGGAUAUGAAAUAAGUACAUAAAGCAUUUUUCUGUCAUUGUUAUUUGGUGUUAUCUGGCAUGUAAUGCAUUAUAAUUCACUGGCAAACUGUAAAACUGGCAUUGGCUUACUUGAUAUGAGCAUUUUAUCUAAGACCAAACCUAUACAUGUAUAUUGUUCCUCUUUUAUAUGUUGCAUGUUCUCAAUAAAUAAAUCUAAAAUAAGUGAUAGAAUUGAAUAACAGACAUAGGGGUUCAUGGUUGUUUUGGCUGCAGAUUUUGGCUUUGUUGCUGUGCUUCUUUUUAAAGCAAAGAGGGUGCAAACAACAGAGCAUGGUGGAAGACAUCUUGCUGGGACGACAUGGGGAUUCAAACAAAAAAAUGCCAAAUUAGAUGCACAAUAGUAUUAUUCACAUAAAUUGUUGCAUCAAAUGUCACCUUGCAUGUCAUUUUAUCUGGUGGGGGAACAUGAAUGGGUUAUUUACAUCUGAGAUAUGGAGAGUUAGUAUCACAUGAAAGUAGUCAUGUUGUUUCUAUAUAUAGUCAAUGUAUUGUCAAAGCCCCAGCUGCAGCACCUACAUUCACUGUUGCAGGCGUUUUCCAAUGGCAUUUUUUUUCGUCUGUUCCCGAUUCCCCAUGGUUUGAAUAAAGAAAUACUCAAAAAACA